ACUGCAAAUCAUCAAAUUAAUGAUCCAGGUCUUAAUUUUAAUUUCGGCGUUAUUUCUGACAAGUUAUUUUUUAUGUUGCAGUACUUUUAUAAGAUGUAUUCUUCUACAAGUGAACCUGAAGAGUCUUUGGAACAGCCAACUGAUUCUUAUGCUUCAAGUGUUAGUAAUGUCGAUUCAUUACAUGGUAAAUUAUCCCGGAUAAUACAAGGUUUUGGUGAGAUGGAUACAGAUGAAUUUGUCGCAUCUUUCAGUAAUGAUACAUCACGAAAUUUAUCUCAAUCCAUUCAGAGUUAUGACACGGAAAAGUCGACUGAAUAUGUAACAAUAGAAUCAGAUAGGCAACAAGAUUCGAUUAAUAUUAAUGAUGACGCAUUGCAAGAAGAUCUAUCAAAAUCCGAUCAGACUUUUACAGAAGAGUCAACUGAACUUGCAACGAUAGGAUCAAAUGAGCAUCGGGAUCCGGAUAAUAUCAUAUCGCAGGAACAUUCAUCUCAACCCGUUCAGAAUAUUGUAACGAGAAGAUCAGCCGAAUAUGCAACAAUAGGAUCAGAUGGACAACCGGAUUCAAAUAAUGAGUCAAGUAAUAACACGUCACCCAGAAGAAAAAAAUCAAGAAAAAAAUCCUUCAAAAGCUUCUUAAACCUUUUUUAUCGAAAGAGUUUGGUGACGUUAAUUGGUGAAACGAUAGACGUUAUCAGUAAAAUGACAAACGAAGUAACAUUUGGGGAUGAACAAAAGAAUGCUUUGAUAAACCAUUUUAAUUUUAAUAACAUUAAUUCGAAAAAAAUUUAUACCACAGUUUUAAAUAAUCAAAACAACAUGAACAAUGUUUUUUUAUUGGGAUAUUUUAACUGUUUAGGAAUCGAAACAGACGAAGAUCAUGAUAAAGCAUUUAACUUAUUUUCUGAUGCUUCGGAACAAGGUCACAUAUUAGCAGGACAUUAUGUUGGAAUAUGUCAUCUUCACGGAAUUGGAACGGUUAAAAACGAAAUGUUAGCUUUCAAAUCUUUUGAAAAGGUAGCUAAUGAAGAUUUUAUAGCAGGACAACUGGAAGUUGGUUAUUGUUACGCAAAAGGAAUUGGUGUCCAAGAAGAUUCGAAAAUGGCAGCUGAAUGGUAUGAAAAAGCUAGUAAGAAUAUCAAUGGUCGUUCUUAUGAAAGGUGGAGGGGUGCCAACUUAUCCUCUCCUUAA